AUGAAGCCCUUCCGCAGAAGACAAUGCCUGCAUGUGGUGUUAUCGGCCGUCCUCUUGGUGCAAAAUGCUCUCGCAAUACAGCUCGACCUUAACAGCACCGACUCAAUAAAAGCCGCCGCCAAAAUUGUCGCCAACGAGAUGGUGUCAUAUUAUACAGGAUACCGACCUGGAGAUGUCCCUGGAAAUCUCCCUGCUCCGUAUUACUGGUGGGAAGCUGGUGCCAUGUUUGGCGCACUCAUUGACUACUGGUACUUCACGGGCGACGACUCAUUCAAUGAGAUCACCACCCAAGGCAUGCUCCAUCAAGUUGGCCCUGACAACGAUUUCAUGCCACCCAACCAGACAAAGACCGAGGGAAACGACGACCAGUCUUUCUGGGGGAUGGCCGCUCUCUCUGCGGCAGAAAACGUCUUUCCCAAUCCUCCAUCAGACCAGCCACAAUGGUUGGCUCUAGCUCAGGCCGUCUUCAACACGCAGGCGGCGCGCUGGGACACGACCUCGUGUGGAGGUGGUUUGAAGUGGCAGAUUUUCGCGUUCAACAACGGGUACAAUUAUAAGAAUACCAUCUCGAAUGGGUGCUUUUUCAACAUGGGUGCUCGUCUGGCGGUCUACACCCAAAACCAGACGUAUGCCGACUGGGCGGAUCGCAUGUGGGAUUGGGUAUCGGCCAUCGGUCUGCGGGACGCGCAGUACAACUUUUUCGACGGGAGCGACGACACUAUCAACUGCACCCAGCUCGACCAUAUUCAAUGGACAUACAACGCCGGCACAUUUCUUGUCGGAGCUGCCAACAUGUACAAUUUCACCGGUGGCAGUCAAGUCUGGGAGGACAGAAUAAAUGGGAUCAUUGCGAGGCUUAGUGUCUUUCUGGAUAACAAUAUUCUCAAGGAAGUCGCCUGUGAAGGCGUCAACGCCGACGGUUCCAGUACCUGCGAUGUCGAUCAACGCUCUUUCAAGGCUUAUCUAGCUCGAUGGAUGGCAGCGGCAAUGAUCAGAGCGCCUUUCACCUACCCGCUCUUGAAACCGCUCUUGGAAACUUCGGCUGCAGCUGCAGCUUCAGUCUGUACAGGAGGUGUUAAUGGCACUUCAUGUGGGUUGCAAUGGUACACGGGCCAAUUCGAUGGCAGUACUGGAGUCGGAGAGCAAAUGUCGGCCUUGGAAGUCAUCCAAUCCAAUUUGGUCACCCAGGUCGCCCCUCCUGUUACUCAGAAUUCCGGAGGAACCAGUAAGGGAGAUCCCAAUGCUGGCACGCAAAGCCCGAUCGGUCCCCAGGAUCUGAACAAGGAGGUUGUUACCACAGCGGAUAAAGCUGGAGCGGCGAUCUUGACUGUUUUGUUGAUUCUCUUCAUUGUGGGAGGCGCAUGGUGGAUGGUUCUCUAG